AUGAAAAUAUUGCGAGAAAUUUUUAAAAAUCUUAAAAAUGUAGAACUAACAAAAGAAAAAAUUAAAAUGGGAAAUAUGGAAUAUGACAAGAAUAUGGAAAUAAACAUAGAAAGAACAACUAAGAAAAAAUAUACACUUGAACAGUUAACUUAUUUUCUUAUAAACAAGGAUUUACAAUAUACAAAAUAUUUAAGAGAAUGUAAAAAUAACGGUGUAACAUCUAUUUUUUAUUCAGAUCAAAAAAUUAUAUUAGAAGAACUAGAAAAAGAAGUUGAAACAGAAAAAGAAGCUUAUUACGACUUACCAGAGUCCAGAUACUACAGUAAACAUAAAUAUUUUUGGGUUGAAGAAAUAAUUGCAGAAAAACCUGAACAAAUUGUUCGGUCUAAAAUUAAUGAAAAAUACAAAAUUAUUGUGUCACCUUCGUUGACUGCUACAGUUAAUUUAAAUAAUAUUGAAAUUUUACUAAGUACGGGAUUUUUGGAAAAAAGAAAAGAACUUGUUUUUGAUAAAAUAGAAUUUCAAGUUGAAGACACAACUUUUGUAGCUGAAGAAGAUAUUAAACAUUGGACGAGUGAUGACUGGAAUAUGUUAGUUGCAAUUUUUUGUGAUGGAAGUAAAUGGCAGAUAAAUGAAUGGGGAAUAGGAGAUGUAGCUAGUUUAUUUUAUAAUAUUCCUACUUUUUAUAUUGAAAAUGAAACAACGUUAAAUAAAAAUGAUGCAUCUAAAAAUAAAAACAAAUUAUCUGGAUACAAUCUAACAAGAUGGAUUGCGACAGACAAUAAAUUAAAAAAUGAAGAUUUCAAAACUAUGUGGAAUAAAAUUAAUGAAAUGAUAAAUAAGAAAAAAUAA